CACUUUUGGAGCUGUGGGCUGGUGUUGGGCUGGAGGUGUCUCAGUCACUUCACUCUGCUGUUGCUGUCACUGAGCAGCCUGCAGGGCUCAGGAUUUAUUUUUGGAUGCCCAUGGCGCCGGGACCUUCCAUUUGUAGGAAGGGGGGUCAAGUUGGGCUCGAAAUGAACCUGCCGUCCUGACACUCUAGGCUGGGACGAGCAGGCAGCAGCCGGGUGGCCCCUGAAGCAACUGUCCUUCAGGGGAUCCAGCCUGGAGUGCGUUAAAAAGCAGCAAAAAGCUUGUACCGGGGUGCUAAAAUAAAAAUGGCUGUUGCUUAUGGUACCAUUGGCCGACCAGGCCUGCUUUCCCAGCAAUAUGCUCCACCCCUGCUUCCCAAGCCAGGAAAGGACAAUGUCCGACUCCAGAAACUACUAAAGAGGACUGCAAAGAAGAAAGCUUCUGCUCAGGCAUCACAGUCAACUGCACCUUUCCGCUCCAGCUUAUCCCCUGUAAAUGAAGCAAGCCCCGACCUUGAGCGUAGUGACCACUUUACCCCUCCCAGAACACCAGAAACGUCCCCCAGUCUCUUUGGUGUUCCACAGGCUCCACGGUUCACUGUAAGGCCACUGUAUCAACAUGUUCCUUCUCCCUAUCCACAGCGAGCAGCUUUUGGUAGAGCAGCUAAAAUGUCCCCUCCAACAGUGGCCCUUCCUACAUACUCAUACUCACAGCAUGCUGCAACAAUUCUGUCACAUUCUUUAACAGCUCAUCAUUCUGACGAACCAACCUUGAUGGAGCAUGUCAGCCAGCCAGUGGUAGCUAAAAAAUCUCAGUUAUAUUCCAUUGUGCCUGAUGUGAUUCUAUCAACUCCAGGCCCAUCGUCACAUAUACCAUCAGAAGGUCAAGCUGUUAUUCGACCUCUCACUGUUUUGACCACAAUUGUCAAAUCAAGAAGUCCACGACCUACGUUUAAAGCAACAGAACCUUCAAAAUCUCCAAAACCAAUGUUUGAAGUCCCUCAAAUUAGGAUGUACACAGCAAGCACAUCGUAUUAUGAGACAACCAGGACACCACCAGUGUAUGACUCCGCUGGAUUAACAGCCAUUGGCAGUACAGUCUCGCAAAGUAAGACAUCAACAGAGACAAAACAGAAGGUCAUAGAGGUAUCUGAAGUCAGAGGAGGAAAGACCCCAACAGCUCAGCCUCCUUCAUUAGAAAGAGAUGCUCAGAGACAUACAAUUUUGAAGAGUAAAAUGGGUUCUUCACCAUUGUUAGAUGUUGACCCAUUUAAAAUGCAUACAACAGAAAGCAAAAUAGCCACUCCAGGACUUAAAACUAAUGGAUCUACUUUAAUACCCAUAUUCCAAGACGAAUCCCCUGCGCCUGAAAUGCAAAGAGCAACUCCAACAAUUGAUGCCAAAAGAGCAACUCCAACAUCUGACGUCAAAAGAGCAAGUCCAAUAUCCGACGCCAAAAGAGCAACUCCAACAUCUGAAGUCAAAAGAGCAACUCCAACAUCCGACGUCAAAAGAACAACUCCAACAAUUGACGUCAAAAGAGCAACUCCAACAUCCGACGUCAAAAGAGCAACUCCAACAUUCGAUGUCCAAAAUCCAUCAUUUGACGAUGAAAGAGUUAAAACCCCCACGUAUGAGUUUCAAGCAUCAAGAUAUUUAGCAGGACGCCCUAGAACCCCAGCAUGCCAUGUAACCCGGCCCACAACACCCAUCUUUGAAGUCUCAAGACCCAACCCUCUUUUGUUUGCAGUGUCACCAAUUACAGUAGAGUCAGAGAGGCCAAAAACUCAUGAAACGCUUUCUAAAGUCAGUAGUUCACCUACCAUUUUAAGUGGUAAGUCUACAGAUCUUCAUAUGAGAUUAGCAAAUGGGGACAUUUCAUCUGUUGUGGUGAAGCCUGCUGUUAAAAUAAUACAACAAAACAUCACAGAGUCAACGACAAGCCAUGAUCUAACAAAAGGAAGGAUCCCAACUCCAGCAGAUGGCAUUCAAAAGUCUGAAACUCCUGCAUCUGGGCCAUUAACACCAGAAGUUACCAUCUUUCAGAGGCCAAAGACUCCAACCUAUGAAGCAUCCCGACUAAUGACCAUUUCACAUGGAUAUAAAAGACCAAAGACACCUACACACAGCAUAUCAGCUCCCAACGUAUCUGGAACAGCCGUCCAGAAACUUACAACCCCGCUUUCUCAAAAGCCAAAGUCUGCCUAUCGUGGCCUCACACCAGCUGAAUAUGCUGCUUAUGGUGGAAUCAAAACAUACUCCCCAGCCUUUGGGAUAUCAAGCUCAGAGAUGGCAACCAAAGAUGAAGUAAAAGAAAUACCUGGACAGAGCAGUCAAGAGUCCAAAGUGAAAGAGACAGUUACAGAUGAGGUUCCUAAGACUGAAGAAAGCCCAAAAGAUCUAAAUGUAUUAGACCUGAUGCAUCAGAAACUUUCUGCUAUGCCUUCAACACCUGUCAUAGUAGUUUCUCAAGCAUCUGACUUCUGUGACACAACUCUGCCAGAAGUGACAGAAACAGUAUCUGUUGGUUCUGUAGCAAAGCAAGAAGUGGCUGUCAUUCAAACAGUAGAAACACAUCCAACACCAGCAAAUACCAUUUCAGAAACCCAAAGGGAAGAAAUUUUAGUUCAACAAACUAAGACAAAUACUGCUGCAACCAAGCCGGAAGAAAGAAACCAAGAUCCACUAAAAGCAGUGAAAAGACUUCUAGGUAAAAACAAAGACAUUGCAGUUAAGGAAGAAGUCAAACCUGCCACAAAGGCCAAUAUUUAUGCAGAGCAAGAACAAGUAACUCAAAUGCCUCCCGCCAAGAUCAAACCUGAAGGUCAAAAGCCAAGUCUCAAAGCACUGGACCUGAAGGUGACCACUCCAGAAUCAGACAGAGAAGACAAACAAAAAGAGAAGACACCAGAAAAAGCUUCAGAAGAGAAAAAAGAAGCUGAGAAUCUCCCACCCUCUGAGCAACCCUUAAAAGUAAUGCAAAAGCUUAAAGGUGCAAAAUCUAAAGGAAGUGGUUGGUCUCGACUCAAGAAACACAUGGUAGUGGAACAGGAAGAACCCAAAUUUCCAGAGAAAGAUUCUCAGAAAGAGGUCACCGAGCAGGACCAAGAUCAAGCAAAAAUUGUAAAGGACACUCAUGAGACUGAGCCCCGACUCCAGGAUGAGACCCAAACUAAGGAGAUGGCAACACAAAUGUGGGAUGCUGUCCUCUUCCAGAUGUUCUCUUCCAAAGAGAACAUCAUGCAUCAGAUCGAGCUGAACCAAAGUGAGGGGGACAAAAAAGAGGAAGAAAGCAAUGAGCUGAAAGAGAUACCUUCAUUUGCGUACCGACUGCCUGUGUUGCUUUUUAGUCCUAAAUUUGAUGCUAAAAAGCUGAGGGAGGCAGCGUCCCGGCCUGUGACAAAAAUCUCCACUGUGUUUGAAAUGGGUUUGAUUGGGAGGAAAGGUAAAGAUGAGGAACCAAAAGACUUUAAUAGAACAGCAAGAGGGUUUACUGCUCCUUAAGCUUUUGUGUAAAGUGCCCAGUUCUGAAUCGGAAAAUGCGUUUUGGCAGAGAUGAAGACCCAUAAGCAGCAGGAAUAAUGUAAAGGUCUAGAUGUAGUCUCUGUGUAAGGAAAUAUUGUUUGUUGUACGAAAAUCCCACCACCCCUUUGUACUUGAUGAUUAAAGAUAAAAGAGAGCUAGAAAAAAGGGAGCUGCAUCUGUCUUAAAUGAUCCUUCAAGUGUUUAUGUAAUCUACAUAGUUCACUUUUGUUUUUGUCAUCAUACAUUCUCAAUAAAAAUGUAUUAUUAGAUCGCUGAUUAUUUAUACACAGAGUACUGUCUUAUUUGACUUGUUUUGGUACUUACAAGUCUUAUUUCUUUCAAUAAGACUUGGGGUCCUGUGUUAUCAAAGUACACACUGUGCUUCCAAUUCCCGGCUACACUUCACAGUUAUCAAAUGACAUUGAUACUGAGCAGAAGUCUGUCAGACUUGUGUCUGACCUUUUAGCUGCGUUCAGAAAAUCUUAUAUUGAAAAAAAAAAACUCUUAUGAAGGUAAACUAAAGAUAAAUUCUAAUAUUUAUCCCAAUAAUGAACACUCAUUGUCUGUGAAAUAAUAAAUGAAAACAAUGCAGACAUUAAACACAAGUGUGUUAAAAUGAUAGUAAAAUGUUUGUAGGGGUCGUCUCAAACAUUGCACGGUAUACACUGUGUAUUUGCAGUCAGAUGAUAUCAGACACUUGUUAGGUUAGAGAGAAGACGAGGCGGGGGCAUGAGAACGUUGUUUAGAACGGAGAGCCCAACACCACAAUGUCAGUCAGUCAGACGGGUGGUGCUGGCCUGAAUCAGCUGGGAAGGUGGUCUGCUGUGAUGGGUUGUUGCAUUGGUACUGUCACAUUUUGCUGGAGUCAGUUAUGCAGUCACAUAUUUACUUUUGUCUUUUUAAGUUCCUGGGACACAGAAAAAAACAUAUUUUUUAUUUUUAUUUUAGUUCUAUGUUCAGUUUUAGGAGUACUGACACAACUUCAACUCCAAUGGUCUUGUUGAUUUUUUUUUUUGGAUAGUCAGUUUACUUUCGUGCCUUCUGCCUUAGUUAAGUUAUUUCCUUUUUGUUUUUUUUGUAAAACCUUUAAAUGCAGUUGUAAGAUUUUCCAGAUUUAUUUGACCACAUUAAAAUCCAACUUUUUCCGGCUAGCCUCAAAACUCCAAUACUUCUUCUUCUUUUCUUUUUUUUUUUUUGCAUUUUGGUACAUCUGCUUGACAUUAUUUUGUUGCUCUUAAAAAUGUAUCAUUAAAAAAUGACUGUGUUUAGAAAA